GUGAGCAGUCCGAAGCCUUCCGCAAGCACCGGCUUAUCUACAUUCCGCACUGGUGUUGAGUUGGCAUCUAGGCUAUCUUUAGGCUAGCACGUGUGCACCCUGAUUCGUCAAAGCUACUCAAUGAUCUCAAGCUCAGCCUAAAACAACUAACACGGUGUGCCCCAAUGAUCUCGUGGAAUCUUAUCGCCAACAAUUAUCGCAGCCCCUCAAUGCGGUUGAGGUCUUCUCUCUUCCAACUCUACGCUGUGUCAGGGACGUAAAGAGUCAAUCUCAUCAGCAAUGGCGACAGCGACGAAGACCAAGCGAGGUCCAACGGUCUUGGUCACAGACUCUAGAGAAGCCUCAUCCGGGCGUGUACAACCUCGACCAUCCCCUCCUCGCUUCACAGUAGACGGCAUUCUUGGGUACGCCUCCGAAAUUCCCUCAGCUCAGAGACGAGGCCCUCCUCCUCGACCUCUCCACACACGAACGCCCAGUGGCAGACAUCCGUUAGACCCUAAACUCGCAGGACGUCUCGUUCCGCAACAUAUGCCAACUAGAACAUCCAAGGUCUCCGAAAAACUUGUUCUUCUUCCAGAUACAGUUGAAGAAGAUGACGAAAAGCUUGGACUAUCAGGUGAAGAGGACGGUCCACCCACAGACGAAGACCUGGAACAGAUGAGAGCCCCAAUGGGUGGUUUGAAAGAUAGAAGCUACGCGGAGAGGAUGCCUAAAGCUAAGCGAACGGAAAAGCUGGCUCGUGUAACAGCAUAUUGCACAGCCCAGGCCUAUAAGAUGAGAUCGACGGCAGAGUUUAUUAAGAAGCAGCACAGCGCUCGAACGAAGCUUUACGACGAUUGUCUAUACUGUGUAUAUCACCUGCCGCUUCUCCCAGGUCAUGAUGGCUACAGAGUUCGGAGCAGUCCUGUCUUGAAGAACCCGGGCGGUAGAUCAAUACUGGACGAGGAGAUUGAGCGAAAUGAGCGACGGGAGUAUCACGAAGGAUAUUUUGGCGAGACAGAACAAUACGGUGUGGGUGCCAGUCGACAUUCUGAAGAUCAUCCGAUGGACAACUCCCCUCGCCGAUCCUCAUCACCACCAAGGAUCGCACCAGAUGCGACCACCUUUGGAGAGAUGUUUGUGUUUAGCUAUGGUGUGGUGGUAUUUUGGAACUUUACGGAAAGGCAAGAGAAAGAUAUUCUAGCGGACCUCACCUUCUCAUCAUCAGAGACAGGUGUAUCCCUGGUUACUCGGCCGCAGGAAGAGGAAGACUUUGAGACAGAGGAGUUCCAUUUCGAGUACAAUCCAUACAUUGCCAGGCCGCGCAUGUUCAAUGAUAUGAUUACACUGAGGAGCGGAGAUCAUAUGAUUAAGCUGGCUAUGAGUCACGCGAUAGCGCAAAGCACCAAACUGAGUUUCUUCGAAGAGCGCAUGGCUCACACCAUGUUAGAGGCUCAAUACGUCCCACGACGUCUUGCGUUGACUGGCAAUUUGGGCAUGAAACGAGAGGACGUCGUAAAGAUUCUAGGGCGACUAUUCACCAGUCGCGUCGAUGUCAACCUCUCGUCGAACAUGCUCGACGUACCAAACUUCUUUUGGGACGCCGAGCCGACUUUGCAUCCGCUCUACGCCGCUGUCCGCGAAUAUCUCGAGAUCAAGCCUCGUAUUCAGGUCUUAAACGAGCGUUGUCGCGUAUUUCUCGACCUCGCAGAGAUUCUUUCCGACUCCAUUGCAGACAAGAAGAUGACCAGAAUCACCUGGAUCAUCAUUGUUCUCAUUGUCCUCAGUAUACUGGUCACAUGUACUGAAGUUUUCCUGCGGUUUGGUAUCCUAGCUGGGAAGAAGCACGGUGCAGACACCGGCAAUCUCGUUAUCAAUGCCUUCCAAGAGAAUGCAACUGGUGGUAUUGGUGCUCUGGUUGGAGAAUUAUAG